CAUGAGGCAGAGCUUUUCUUCUCUCUGCAGAGUACAGUGUAGACUCUCCUAGUACAGACUCCUAGACCAGACAGGCUCCUUAGCUCUUCAGAAUGCCUGUCCCUACCUGGUGGCCCCACCCUGCUCCUCCUUUCCUGUUGCUGAUGCUAAUGCUGGGACUCACAGGAGUGGCAGAUGAGCUGCAGGUGAUUCAGCCUGACACGGUAGUGUCGGUCGCAGCUGGAGAGUCGGCCACUCUGCACUGCACCCUGACCUCUCUGCUCCCUGUGGGUCCCAUCGAGUGGUUGAAAGGGGAAAAGCCAGACCAACAGUUGAUCUACAGUUCCCGAGGAGGCCACUUCCUUGGGGUAACACCCGUGGCAGACACCACAAAAAUAAACAACAUGGACUUUUCCAUCCGCAUCAGCAACGUCACCCCUGCAGACGCCGGCACAUACUACUGUGUGAAGUAUAAGAAAGGGUCUGUAGUGGACGUGGAGUUUAAGUCUGGACGAGGCACUGAGCUGUCUGUGCGUGCCAAGCCCUCUACACCUGUGGUAUCAGGCCCCGCGGCGAGGGCCACGCCUGCGCACACGGUGAGCUUCACCUGCGAGUCCCAUGGCUUCUCCCCUAGCGACAUCUCCCUGCGAUGGUACAAAAACGGAAAUGAGCUCUCAGACGUCCAGACCACCGUGGACCCCGCAGGAGAAAGCGUCUCCUACAGCGUCUCCAGCACGGUCAAUGUGAUGCUGGCCCCCAGGGACGUGCAUUCUCAGAUCAUCUGCGAGGUGGCCCAUGUCACCCUGCAGGGGGGCCCACCUCUCCGUGGGACCGCCAACCUGUCUGAGAUCAUCCGAGUUCCACCCACCAUGGAGGUCACCCAGCACCCCAUGAUGGCAGCAGGGAACCAGGUGAAUGUUACCUGCCAUGUGGAGAAGUUCUACCCCCGGAGCCUACAGCUGACCUGGCUGGAGAAUGGAAACGUGUCCAGAACAGAAAUAGCCUCGACCCUCACAGAGAACAAGGAUGGGACCUAUAACCUGACCAGCUGGCUCCUGGUGAACUCGUCUGCCCACAGGGAGGGCGUGGUGCUCACCUGCCAGGUGGAGCAUGACGGGCAGCCUGCGGUCAGCAGAAGCCAUACGCUCAAGGUCUCUGCCCACCAGAAGGAGCCGAAUCCAGAUGCCGCCCCGGGUGAGGGCUCUCUCUAAUUGACCAAGAUCAUUUUAAUAU